AUGGCAGUGCCAAAUAUGCUGUUCUCUGACGUGGAAACUUUUCUGGACUCACACCCCGAGUUAUUCGAGGACUACCUGAACAGAAAAGGGAACUAUAGCAUGGUAGAGAAAUGGCUCAAGAAUCACCAGGCGUGCAAAAGUCCGGCGGCUGCUGCACCCGCCGAGCCGAGAGAGGAGAAGAGCGGAGCGUGCAAGGAUAGCUGGGCGAGCAAAUGUGACGGUCUGCAGAGGAGAGCCUCACAGAGAGAGCUGCGCAAAACUUUCGCAAGAUCCAAGGCCAUCAAUGUCAACAGGACAUAUGACGAACAUGUCAACUCCAGGGCCCAGGAGCCCCUGACCAGCAUGAGGAGGAGAGCUCUGCUGAGGAAAGCGAGCUCUUUGCCCCCGACCACUGCGCACAUACUGAGCGCACUGCUGGAGUCCAGAGUCAACAUCCCCCAGUAUCCGUCCACAGCCGUGGAUUUUAAAUAUUACCUCAAAGAACACAACGAGAGAGCCUUUUUCCUGGAGCUUGUAAAAGACAUUUCUAACGACUUGGAUCUAACAAGUCUCAGCUACAAAAUCCUUGUGUUUGUUUGUAUUAUGGUCGAUGCAGACCGGUGCUCCUUAUUUUUAGUGGAGGGAACCGGCAACAAGAAGACACUAGUGUCCAAAUUCUUUGAUGUGCACGCGGGCACCACAGUUUUGCCCUCCAUGAAUUCAGAUGAAGUGCAAGUGCCGUGGGGUAAAGGCAUCAUUGGAUAUGUGGCUGAACACGGAGAGACAGUGAACAUUCCUGACGCUUAUCAGGUGCCUGCUCCUCUUUGUGCACGCAUGCUUGUGUGCAUUUGCAUGAGUCACUAAAAAGAGAGAGGGAAAGAGACUGAGACAUGCAGGGAGACAGGUCGUUUUCUUUCAGUCUGUCAGUUAAUCUGUCACAGGUGAUUGAUCAUCAAUCACACUGUGGAGCAGAGCCCAGAGCAUGGACACCCAACACAAAGCAUGAAGCACUCACACCAACAUUAGGAGACUCUCUCUGCUGCUUUUGCAAUCAGAUGGUGUUUACCUGAAUUCUUAGACAGUUAGACAACACUAUGUUAAGUGAAAGCCAAUAAGAAAGAAAGGGUAGCAAUUUGCUAAAGUUGUUAGUGUCUCUUCUCUAAUGUAGAAAGAAGUCUGUGUAAUCCCCUUGAAACAACCAUUUGGAAAUAUCGAGAUGCACUACAUUUAUGUACAUAUAGUAAAAGGUAUAUUUUACCAUGUGUAGCUUACUAUGCAGUGGCAGAUUGAUUUUUUGUCUGUAAACAUAUAAAGAUAUAAGAGUUUUACUUUACAUGGGAGUUAACGGGAAAACUACAUUUCUGCAACAAGUGCUGACUGUUCCCUCUCUUUUUUUGCUGUCCCUGUGGCUUCCAGGACCGCCGCUUCAGUGAUGAAAUUGACAAGCUCACAGGGUACAAAACCAAGUCACUCCUGUGCAUGCCCAUACGAAACAGCGAUGGGGAGAUCAUUGGGGUUGCUCAGGCCAUCAACAAGUCGUCAAGUAGAGAACUCUUCACUGAAGACGAUGAAAAGGUAAUUCCACUCUUUUAAUUGUGAGUCAAUGCUAAAUGAGGAUUUCAUGUGCGGGAAAGCUUGAGCUGAUUCCUUCUCUGACUUUGUUGGGUUGAUUGACUCGCUCAGUUCUUGUUGAUAACACUUGUAAAAGAGGCAUUCGGUAGUUUCGCCAGAUUUAUCAAAAAGAGUAACGGUGUAUGUGUACAAAUGGAAAAGGAAGUUGCAAAGAAAUGUUGAUGGACAGGUGAACCAGAGGAGGAAUCAUAAUGACAAAUGAUACUGCAACUUCUUCUCUAGAGUCACCACUAGGUUGAGAUUUUGGGGUUUAUGUGAAGAGUAAGUGUUCAGCUAUGCAGGAAAAUAUCUGUUUGUUCCUCUGGCUUGAUAACUCUUGUUUGGAAUACAAAUACAUAAAAUGACUGUUGGAUUAACUGUAAUGAAAUUCUGCUCAGACAUUAAGUUUCUUCACUGAAUCACAUGAAAAAAAGUUGCUGGUACCCAAAACUUUUUAUUAAAUUCAGUCAUCAGGUCAGAGCUUUUCAUUUUGGCUUAUGAAAAACACCUAAAAACUCAUCAAAUUUCCAUCGUGUACGUGCCAAAUGUUGGCAUGAUAACGGACAGAUCUGAGAUUAUGAGCAUGGUCCACAUCACCUGCUCAUAGCCAGCAACGUCACUGUGGGCCUGUUGUAAUGCUGGUGUUCGCACUCAAGACUAACAGUGUUUUUAAAGCUUUAAAGAGGUGUCAAAGUGGUUUUCAUCUCUGUAACGACUCUUUAACAUUGCAACACAAGCCAGCAUUGUUCUGUCGUAUUAGGGUAACAGAGGCAGGGCGUUUUGCUUUGCUAUUAAGAGAGCAAAUUGUCACUUUAGGAUGAUAUGAGUUGUAUUAUGUCCUGCAUAAUUGGCCCAUUUCGUUCAUUGUUUAGUGAACGAUUCCUUUGUUUUGAGAACAUGUUUUUAUGAUCCAACUGCUGAUUUGACUUUCACUGAGUUACACCAAUAAAUGUCUCCUGUAAGAUUCAAGAUUUAGGUUAUCUAGAUCUGCCAUGUUUCCUCCGUAUCACAGAAUAGAAAAACUAGCAACAUGAAGGUUUUUGAACGCUGUGAAAGGCUGCAUGAAACGCACCAGAUGAAAGAUGAAGAAAAAGAGAGUGAUUGUUGUGCGCAAAGAAAUUGUAGUAAUAGACCUAUUUGGUAGUAACAGCUUGACAAAUGGAGGAUUAUACUUAUCAAGCAUUACAGGAGCUUCUUGUCCACAAAGGCCACCACUGCAGGCAGGAGGAGCAAGGGGAGUGUUUCAAUCGAGAAUAACUAUCACUUAGUAUUCCCAUAUCCUCACACUGUACCUGUAAUAUGGAAAUUAAUUUUUGCAUAUAUUCAAAUUAAUUUAAAUGGCUGACAUAUUCCUGCAGUGUGUCUGAAUAAGAGUACUUUUAUAAUUUAAUAUAUUUGGCACUAACAGAGCAGUACAGUUAGAUUUUUACAUUGAUGCAGAGAUACAAGCAGUACUCAGUGUUAAUUCGUUUAUCAAAGAACGCUAUGACUCUCUACAUUUUGACAACAACAUAUCUUAUCUUUUAGAGUAAAAAAAUGUCCUGAAAAUCAAGUUUGUGAUAUUACUUGACUAAUAUAUCAUGAAACACUUGUAGUUAGUAUAACAUAAGACUAGAUUUGUAAGCUUUCAUCUGCUGUGGCCUCUGGUUUUUGUGUCUUUUUAUAUUUUUUAUAUACUCUUAGAAGCUACUUUUCCUGGUGGAGUUUGGGGUUCCACUACUAUUCCUGUAAAAAUGAACACAUUAAACGUGUAGGUAGCUCCAAGGGUGAAAAUGUGAAUGGUACGAGAGGAAAAAAAAAUGCUAUGAUGAUUUUUCCAGGGAUAUUCUAUUAUUAAUCGGACAUAUGAUCCAAGAGGACCAAAGCCUGCUCUUGGAUGACUGCUUCAGCUGCUUCUGCUUUUGCUCAGUCUGUAAGUGGAUCAGUCAGGCUGGCAGUUGUGCCAAAUGGAAUAACUCAAAUCUCUGUGAAUGAAUAUGAUAUAUUACUAUAAAAAAUCAAAACAGUAGGUGGGGGUGUUACAUCUCGCACAGACCCAGAUCUUCUGUUUGAAGCUGAAUGUUCAUCUGAAUUAUUACCAUCAUAGAAAGGGGAGAGCACGUGUACAUUUCUCUGGUACACUCGACUGAGCAUCAGGCAGUGACAUGAUGAUACACAGACUUGUUCUCUUAUUGCAUCUACGAACCCCUAAAGGAAAAAGAGAUGAAACAUGAAAGCGCAGAACUAGCUGGCUUUUAUUUUGGAGGGUUUUUUUAUUGGAUAAUAGCAGAAAGCAGCUGCAGGUUUUUUAUUUUUUUAUUUUUUUUUAUUCAAAGUAGGAUUUUUCUCCACUUAAGCUCUGCUGUCAAAAUGACAUCUGCAAAUGCCAUCAUUCAUGAUGGAUGCCGAUUGGGCUUUCUUUUUUCUCCCCCCUUUUCCAUGUUUUCAGUACGUUUCACAUUGCAUUAACAUCACACUUAUGCCUGGGAUGGCUACAGCUGAAUAAGUAAUGAAAUGCAAUGCUAGCAUCAGAGAGAACACUGUGAGCUCCCUGCACAGCACAGCUGCAGCUCUGCUUUUAUGGAGGACCUUGUAAUAGGAAAGCGAUCACACUUUUCAAAGCAUUAAGUGAUACUCCAACAGUAGUCAUUAUAGACUUAUUAAAACAAAUGUCGUUCUCCACGUAUUAAACCUUACAGGAUAUUAAAACAGAUUAUACGGCUCUCUUUAAAUCCCACACAGUUUUAAAAGUGCCGUGUUCCUACCUGCAUGUUCAGAUUCCUUUGGGGUGCGCGGAUAAUGGAUCCGCUCAUGUAUAAUUGCAUUAUCUCAUCAUCAUCUUUAGAGGACUAUUGCUAGUAUAGACUCACAGUGAACAUUGUUUCAUCUCUACAUCCUGCCUUUGGAUCUUGAUUUGCUUUCCUCUCACUUUUUAUUUCAACACAUUCAAACACAUUUUUACAUGAGCUGUAUUCUUCAGGUGGCAUAUUCAUACAAGUCUUUAUUGUAAUAAUAUGCAACUCCCUGUUUGUGGGUCUCAUUUGCCAAUGCAGUGUACCACCUCUGUGAAUGUACUGUCAAAUAGCAUUUGCUUUUUACUACUGUGCUCCUUCUGGCUGCCAAACCCCCAGACAAAUUGGCCUAUGCAACAAGUAAUUCUGUAGAAACCACUUUCACACAAUUUCACAAUAAUGUAAAUCUACCGCUUGACAAGAGAGAACACAAUUUCUUCUUUAAGCGCCAUGAUUCAAGGCUUUCUCAUCGGAUAUCAGACUUGACUGAGUUCAACCUGAAUGUGAAUUAAAUUGCAACAAAAGACAAGCCUUGACAAAAACUCUGCAGCUGACAUGUAUACACGCUGUAAACUGAACAGGUUUUCAAAGCUUUUCUUUAGAAAUGUUCUUAUAAAACACUGAUUCAUUUUAACUUUUUUGUCAACUACAGAUUUCAGUUCAUCUUUUCCAAGGAUAGGCUUUCCUUUGGCUGUUUGGUAAAUUAGGGUUAGAUGUGUGUCAGUGUUGCUGCACUUUUUUGUUGUCGUGACCUCCAUCUGCUCCUGACUUUUUCCAGGUACCUGCAAUGUGAAUGUAGGACAGUUUAAUUAUUUAUGGAUAAAAGCUAUUGAGCAGCUCUCCCAGUGUGCUACUGUGUUUAUUGGCCGAGUUGUAUCAGUGCUCAUAAAUUACUGCCAGUUGAUUAAAAUUGUUAGUCCACUUUUGAAAGACAAAAUUAUUACUAAGUGUAUUUAUGAAAAACAAGCUGGGAAGUUACAUCCAAAAUCAGUUUGAACACUUUGUAAUAUGUUGAUCAGAACAGGAACUUAUGGUUUGAAAGUCAUUACAAAAAACAAAACAAAACAAAAAAACCCAUUAAUUUAGAAAUAUUGCAAAGACUGCAUAUCAAGUGCUGAAAUUGAACAUUUUUAAUUGUUUUAUGGGAAAAAAUGCUCUCUUUAAAUGCGAUGCCAGCAACAAAUUUCCAAAAGUUGGUACAGAGGCAACAAAAAACUGAAAAGUUGUGUAAUAUAAUUAAAGGGGAGACUUCCUUGACCCUUUUAGGUCAGUAAUUUGGUCAAUAGCUUGCAGCAGGAUGGUAAUAUGGCUGGGUUUAAAAAGAGCUUUGGUUGACUUACAAAGUUUUUGGAGAUGUCAUUGUCUGCAGUACACAAUAUCACCACAAGUCUUAAAGAAUCUAGAGCAAUUUCCUUUGAAAAGGGACAAAGCUAAAAGCCAACAAAGGAUGGCAGUGAUCUCUUGGCCCUCAGAUAUGAGCUCAAAUCACUCCCAAAGUCCAUCAUCUGUGAAGACAGUUGAUGACUGACUGCUACAAUUAAAGGUUAAAACUGCACCACAUUAAGAGGAAACCAUAUUCUAGAGACACGCUGGUGAUUUCUCUUGGCCUGAGCUCAUUGGGGAUGGAUUAAGGCAAAGUGGAAAACUGUUCUACAGUCUGACAAAUCAAAGUUUGACAUUCCUAUUUGGAAAACUUAUGGAUGCUGCACCCUCUUCUCUAAAGAAGAGAGGGAUCACUUGUUAUUUGGGCACGCCAAAAGCCAACAUGUGUGAUUGAAUGAGGAUGCAUAAUGGCAUGAGUAGCUUAAACAUCUGGAAAGGCACUAUUAAAGCUUACAUAUGUACAAGUUUUUGGAGUAACUUCUUAUGCUGUCCUCUAGAUCAUGCCUUUCGAUGUAAAACCUUGCAUAUUUCAGCAAAACAAUACUGAGUCACACCCUGUUUGUAUUGCAAUAGCAUGGCUCUGUAGUAGAAGAGGCCUGGUGCUAAACUGGUCUGCCUGCACUAACAACUUGUAACCCUGAAUACCGGAAAUGCUUCGAGUUGUCUUCAAUUUAGCAGUUGCAGACUAGCAAAGUCGGUUUAAUCAGCAUUUUCACUCAGUGUCCCCACUUUUUUGGAAUUGGGGUCAUACUAAAAACAUUUCUAGUUGACUCAACAAUGACUUUACCAUAGCAUUUGUAUCAAGUAAACAGAUUUUGAAUAAACUAGUCAUUUUUCCGCUCAUUUUCAAGGGGAGAAAGAAAGGUUUGUGUGCGGUGAUUUCCCUCGGCUUGCCUCUAAUGACAAUCAAAUCUGGUAAAUGGAAUGUUCCCAAGGCGUUGGCCACCUAGUUUCGUUAUUAAACCACUCUUUACUGGUCGGUUCACAGGUCUCUAGGCAAAAACGUCUUGUUUGUAAUGCAACCUCAUAUAACGGCCUCCCUGACAGAAUGUAAUUAGAGAGAGCAGUGCUUUUCUUGGGUUCCACAGGCAGAUCCAUAGCCAGAUCCCUGAAGUCCUGCUCGCUAAUGAAUCUGCUCCUGCUGGGCUAUUGAUGGCUGCUGUCCUUGUGGGAGACAGUUAUUAGAGAAUUCCAGAGAACAGCUGAAAUAGCAUCAUGUAUGAGCAUCAUCUGUUUUCAGUCUGUGAAAACAAGAGCAUGAGGUGCUUAAUUAUGUAUAAUGAGAGAAUGAAACGCAUACAGAUAAUUUACUCAUUAGCAUAGUAGAUUCAUAUUUCAUAUUACACGAGAGAUACGUUAAGUGUAAUGCAAUAAGGUAUUCUGUGCAGGAUGACAGAGCAGAAGAACUCAAUUUUUAUGGUAUCAUAGUGUUUUUUCUUUUACCGUGUAAUCCACACAAUUCAGCUUUAUGGUGUAUUUGGCAAAUUCAAUAUUUUAUUGUGCAGCAGGAAGAAAUAUUUGGUGUUGAACAAUGAAGCCACUGUCUGGAAAACUGCAGUUCCAUUAGUGUCCACUUGGGGCUGGCUUCAAAAGUCGAGGAUGCCCCAUUAGACCCAUGUAAAAAAUGUCCACUGCCCUAUUUUUUUAAAAUUUAUUUGUAGCUUAUUUUGGUAUUUGUACACACUGUACCAGGGUGAAAUCAGCAGACAGGUGGGGCACAUUUUAUCUGUCUUCCAAGCUGCUCAAAGUCUGCUUCAGCUCCACCCUUAGGGCCUGCUCUACUAAAGGUUUGCGUGUGCAAAAACAUGUGCAAACUUGAUAGCGCAUGCAAACCUGAUCUACUAACUGGGUGCACCGCAGAUUGCGUCUGUCAAUCAAAUGAGCAAAACAGCGUGCGCGCAAUCGAUUUAGCGUGUUUGCCUUCAUGAAUAUGCAGAAUGUAUGUACAUCAUACAUCAUAAGUAUCAUAAGUAAUGUCAAACCCGAAACAGACGAAACCCGAAACAGAUGAAAAAAAUCUUUUGUUUGUCUUAUUGAUUUUAAAUCCCUUUUUUGGAUUUCUAGUAUAUCCUCUUGUAUCUGUAAAGCACUUUGCAUUGCCUUGUGUAUGAAUUGUGCUAUACAAAUAUUCUUGCCUUGCCUUUUAUGCAGUUCCCCAAAAUAAUAUUUACAACUCCAUGGCUUCAAACACUCUGCUCUCACAAACUGUCCAUGGUGACAGCUGAUAGGGCACGCACUUAAAGAGGGCGGUCCGCACCACUUUUGCUCCUGCUAUCAAUUGCGCAUGCGAUGAUAGUAGAUCACCCGCAACAUUGCCACUAAUAGCGCGUGUAAUUUUUUAGUUUGCACACGCAAUUUUGGAUCUUAUUAGAUCAGGCCCUUAGUCUCUGUGUAAGUUUAGUCAAGCACCAACCUCUGAUGCUGAAAAAUGAAGCUCAGAGGAAGAGCUAAAAACUGCAGCUCUCAGCGAGUCAACUUGAGGCUGGAUCAGGAGGAACAAAGUGUAACGUGUUCACAGUCUGUUACAGCAAAAGGUUCUGGUCUGAAUAGCCUAUUGAAUUUUUUAAAUGUAACUCCUUCAUUUUGAUGAUAUUGAGAUUCAAGUUUUGCAUUAUUAGUGGGGCUGCUGGCUUGCCUAAACUCCACCUCUUUGCCUUUUGUUGGAAAAAGUAAAGUUGAGUCAGCAUUUCUGAUUCACCAACCCCCAUCAUAAUGCUUAAAGCUCUACUUCAGGAACCAAUGGGUGAUGUCACAGAGGUUAUUAUGUCUAUGUUUAAUGCAGCCUUAUAGAUCUAGGCAGCAUUUCUAUGGCUGUCGCUGCAACUGACAGCUUCAUAAGACUGAGAUUUUGUUCAUGUUUUAACCAGUCUGGUUUUUGAUAAUCCUCUGGCUUGUAACAAUCAACAUUAAAACGCUGUUGAACCAAUCAUGCACAUAACAUUCAAAUGAAGAGUGAUUAGACAAGUCUUUUAACUAGGACCUGGUCUACAAUAGUCUACUUUAAAGGACUUGUAGCUAUGUCUUUUCUCAUGAUACUUUCCAACCCCUCUGUUGUAUAAAUUUAUUUCCUCAUUCUUUCACUCUUUUAUCACUGAAAUCGGCCUUUUGUUUGAAAAACUGUUUGCUGCUGUUUGAAUUCAGAUAGCCAUGCUACCUUUGAAAUAUAAUGAAAGCUGUGUGGCUAACCCUGUCACCCAGUUUGAUGGUAGAGAGAAAUUGUAGUAAUUAGGGCAGGGUUUUUCUGCCGUUUCCUUUCAGCGAUGCCAUUUUUAGGUCGCGGUUAUCAUGAGCCCCACAAUUAGAGUUGUCAAGUAGUGAAGUAAAUUUAUGAAUCAAUUGUUAGAGCCUAGAGGAAGGUCUAAAAGUAGAAACUACACAUUGGUACCAUAAGUUUUAUAUGUUGAAACAUCAGCAUAUUUCAAAAACAAGGUUCAUGUCCUUUGAACAGAUAUGAAUAUUUAAUGCAGUUGUGUUAGUUUUCUGCAUUUUUGAUUGAUGUUGUGGAGUUUAGGAACGUUAAAUGAUUUUGUAACGGCCUCAAAGUGUCAGAGGAUUUUGUUUGUGAUAUGCUCAUUUGCUACUGAUGAGUAGCUGAUACAUUAUCCUCUGUAAAAGGUGAAACAGAUAUCCCUCUAUCAACGUCCACAGCUGAGUAACUUCCCAUUCAUGUAUUGUUGUAGUGUCCCAACCCUCAGGUCACACUGAAGGCUGGUAAAUAUUAGUGGGUUUGUUGUACUGAUUGUGUUGUUUACACAGCAGCCAGAUGCUAAAGAUAGAUAACUAAACACAGAGGGGGAGUGAGGAAGCUCUGAACCUAAAUUCUAUUGAUUCUAUGUUAUGGGGCUGAGUGUCUCUCAGAUAAGGCUGCAUUGUCUGGUGAUUGUAGUCUUAUAGAAUUCAGCUCGGUAUUUACAUCUCAGCUGGCCAGGCAGCAGCGUGCAGUCGCAGUCCUCUCUCUGCUCCCUCCUCUCGCACGUUCUUGCAUAUUGAUGUUCAUUAUGAAUCAACAGGGGUGAGGAGGAAAGGAAUGUAGUUCGAUUAUAAACUAGUAAGAGGUUGAUUCAAUUUCAGGCUACAUAUUAACUCUAGUCAUCUGGCCACAUCAAGUGAUUACAUUAUUAAUGUGAAGAAAAUAUGAGUGAAAUAAGGAACUGAUACCAUCAGCCCAAGGCACAGUAUGGCAGACUAAUCAGUCAAACGGUAAAAUGUCAGUCGAAUUGAUUUAUUUGUCAUAGCAAGUAAUGACACCAAUGAGAGGCUAUUUCUUAUUUGUUCUAAUUCAAAAGGCAAGUUUUCUUGGAAUGAUCAAAUGCUCCUUUUUUUUCUUUUGUUUGACAGAAGUUGUGCUUUUGUUCAGUGUUCCCAUCAAAAAGUGUUUUAAAAAUCCUUAAUAUCUUAGUAAUGUGUUGAUAAAACUUUUGCUAAAACUGCUCUGUGUACCAGCUGAUACUCUUCUUUCAUCCGUAUUUGCACCUUUUUGCUGUUGACUGUAUAUUAAUAUGAUUGGCACACCCCCAUCUCUUCUCAGUAACUUAUCGGACUGGUGAAUAACUAGUAUUCUGUAGCCAAGUCAUGUGCAUAAGCAAUCUGGCUAGCUGAUCCGUGGGUUUGACGCUACACCUUUUCUACCAUCUAAAACACAUGUCUUACGUACUGGCAAAGAUCCCACAGGUUGAUACAGCAGAACAGAUUCCAACACUCAUGCUUUUGAAAAGUUGGAUAACUUGUCUAACUUUUUCCCUCUCUGUUCCUUCCUAUGAACACCACAGUUAAAGCUGCAUUUUUCAUCAGAACUGCUAAUCAUGACGCUUUAUCUCCACUUUUUACCCUCAGCUGAUUAAUAAGAACUAACUACUUUAUGAAAUUUGUAAACUUGAAUAUAAAGCGGCUUGACAAAUGUAACUUUACUUAUUUUCCAGUAACUGUUGUUGUCCAGGUUGACCAAUGUUCUGUUAGUUUUAAAAAAAAAUAGUUGGGCUUCAAAACCACAGCCAGUCUUUAGGAGAAGCUCUGAAAAGGUUUGGCUUCACUUUGAAGGAGCUGUUAUGAUGUCCUUGCUUUUUAAAGCUCCUGUGAGGUUUGUGUCAACUUUGGCGCAAUCUUUUCUUAUCUUGUCCAUCACAUGCUGCAGUAGCAUUUUCUGACAAGUAAUCUCUUCUUGCUGACCUUUGACAGUUACAUGCAUGGUUGAGAAUAUUUUAUGUGAAAAUUGCAAAAAAAAAAAAAAAAGGCCUGUUUCUUCAACUGCUUCGCUCCCCCUUGCACCGGUUUAGGGCAUCAAAAAUUACAACACAAAAAUAUUGUCAGUUUUAUUGUAAAUGGUCUUAUUUACUUUUAUAUUUCACAAAAAGGCAUCAGGAUGAAUUUCAGCCUGUUUCACCAAUGUCAAAAACUCUUCACAGGAGCUUUAAACACUCUGAGGGCUUAACUGAAGAAAAAUGUCUCUUGAAAGCGCACUAGUCUUUUUCUUGGAUACAGGUUUGUGAUAGUUGAACAGUGCAGAUUUCAUAAGUGUUCAAUCUCCACAGGUGCUGCAGAUGUACCUGCCUUUCUGUGGUAUUGCCAUCUCCAACGCCCAACUCUUCGCCGCUUCAAGGAAGGAGUACGACAGAAGUCGGGUAAGGGCAGCUGGGCUGACCAGGAUGAUAACCCCCCAUCCAUGCCUAGGAUCAGCAUUACUUCCUCCCCCCCGAUGCUGUGAUGGAGGCUGUGUAUCGAUCAGCAGCAGCCCACUUGCUGCCACUGCAGUGGGGAUCACAGAGCAGCAUGCAGCCUUGCAUGGACACUUUCUCUGGAUCUGUAGUGGGGGGGAUGGGCCUGUUUCCAGACUGUGGGGCCUGGCCUGGGAUCUAAAUCUCCAUGGGAAUGUUAAGAGAGGCACUAAUUCAUGUCACACAUUGAUCUGUGAUGGAAGAGAACAUAAUGAGAACACAGCUGAGUGAAUAGAUGAGAGAAAUGAGGAAAGCUCCCUCCACACCGUAUGAUUUUUAUGUGUUUGUGUAUUAAAUUGGAUUGGCAGUGCCUAAGAUGAAGAGCCUAAUUAACUUUUAUUGGAGAAACUAAUCAUCUUAUAUCAUCCUGGUAGUUUAUGGGUUAAGGAUAAUUGUAAAAAUCGAGCUUUAACAGCUGAGCGAGGCAAAACAUCUUUAUUGAAAGGGUCCCUGUAUUACCUGCUGACAGUUUUCAGCUCAGAUUGGGAGGAAUAAGUGUUUUUUUUUUCUCUGUGGCUGGUGUUCAGGCACUCUUGGAGGUAGUCAAUGACCUGUUUGAGGAGCAGACUGACCUGGAGAAGAUUGUCAGGAAGAUCAUGCAUCGUGCCCAGACAUUACUAAAGUGCGAGCGCUGCUCUGUUCAGUUGCUGGAGGACAUUGAGUCACCGGUACAAUUUCUUUAUCUUCCUCUGUCUGUUUUCAAUUUUCCAUCAACGUGAAUCUCCAAUAUUCUUUCUGAAUGCUUUACCGAUUUCUUCCCUUUCAAAAAUUUCAGGUGGUGAAAUUUACAAAGUCCUUUGAGCUUCUGUCCCCCAAGUGUAGCGCUGACACUGAGAGCAGGUAUGUAAAGUGUUUCUGUGAUAAAGAAUCUUCUCAGCCCCUCAAUAACAUCUGCCCUAAUAAAAAAAACAGCUUUUCUUUCCUUUCAACACUUCUCAUACAAACAGCCUUUUCACCAAAUAGUCACAUCUGCACCGUAGUUUGCCCUGAGCUCCACAGCACUUUUGUAUUCUGCACAGCGUCUUGUUUGAAUUUGUAAAGCUUCUAUCAAGGACAAAAAUAAAGAAAGUAGAAAAAAAAGAAUAUUCUGUAGUGCAGUGGAAGUAAUAUGCGGAUUGUAAAUAGGAGGCAUAUUGUAGGAGCCCCCGCUUAAUUGGGUUUAGCUGCUUCUCUCCACUGCUGGGCAUGGCUGAGUGGAGAAACAGAGGCUUAAUAUCGUGUGGGAUGUUUGUGGAUGAAAACCAACACUGAAAGAAAGGAAAAUUAUUCCCUGAAUCCUCCACUUGCCACAACUGAUCUGGUCACUGUAAUGCGGCAGUAAAAAAAAGACAGCAACAUUAGUUUAAAAAUGUAGUAAAAAUACAAAGAGGUAAGUAGUUGUUGAAGAAUAUAGUUAAUAAAAAGCCAGCGUGUGAUAUCAUACCUUAUGACAAUGGUAGGAAAAGGGGAGGUAGAGCGUACAGCCUCGCCUGGCAGAAGUGAGCCUUCACCCUGACUCUACCUCUUCUCUUUGUUUUGUGUUUGGGCAUUUUGGUAGUGUAGGUAGUAUCGCUACUGUCAUUAUUUGGAGCUUGUAUGAGUGAAGGCUGGGUCUAUUAACUGUGCGAGUGCUAUGCAGGUUGUGUCGUAAUAUGAGGAGGUUCUGCUUGUAGAUAUGAGGGGCAGUGGAAGAGAGUGGAUACCAGAGAUAACUAAUGUGUCUAACCUUAACCCUUUAUACACUGAUGAAGGGAGAUGCCCGCUUGAUAACCCCUGGCUCUUGUUACACUUCUGUCUCCAGACAUAAGGCACUUUGUGUUAGGCUACCGUAGUAACUUAUCAGUGAAGAAUAUUAGUGUGAAGGGGUGAUAAAGUGGAUGUUUUGACUGAGUACUUAACCUUUUAUCAAAGCACAAGUGCCAUGGGUUUAUUCCAUAGACUAUAUAGAAUGGAUGCCAUCUGCCUCCUUACUGGGUGAAGCCACUCUGAGAACAGCACCCUCUGGUGACGGGCUGCAGUAUAGGUCAUAAAUCCCGCCUCCUCCAGCAAUCCCUAUGGAGCUGUGGACAAAAUUUAGAAAUUUAUUACACAGAAUAUAAAUUUUUCUCCCCCCUGGUUGCGAUGUUGACAUGUAAUUACAGUAAGACUAGUUUGUGCUCAAGUCCUCUUUUUUCUGUACAGCUCUGUUUUUACAAGUUAUUAGGGGGUUCAUGUUUUCUAUGAUUGACUCUUGAUACAGUCUAUCGGCAUACAAAGAUUGCAUCGCUCACCUGGGGGAUAUGCUGUUUGAGCCGAGUGUCAUCACGGCAACUCUUGGCAACUCUCCUGCCGAACGCGUACAACGCCACAGCGCAAUGUUGGUUUCAGGAAGUGGAGAAAAUCCCAGAAAUACCAAGAGCAAUUCGACUUCAAAUUCGUAUAAUGACAGAAGGCGGAGCCAAGUUGUCCGUAGUAUAUACAGUCUAUGGUUUAUUCCAAAUCUACAUCCACAUUUUAUCAAUCAAUCAAUCAAUCAAUCAAUAUUUGUUUAUUUUAUUUAUACAGCAAGUUUCAUACAGGUCAGAAGUGAUUCAAAAUGCUUUACAGUUACUGAAAACAAAACUGCAAAAAAACACAAUAAAAAUAAAACAGAUUAUGACAGAAAAUGGGACUUCUAUAGAGAAAGAAACAAGAUAGGUUGAGACUAAUGUACACUAAAAGUAAUAAAUGAUAUGUUUUUAAAACAGGGAAAAGAGAUAGGAGUAAGUUGAAACAUCAAAAAGGCUUCAAAUACAUAAAGUUCAAAGUGAUAAAAAGAUUACAAGGUAAAUAUAGAUUGAAGCACUAAGCAGUAAAUGAGUAAUUUAAGAAUAAAAUUACAAUAGUUGAGAAUAAAGCAACCAAAUAACAUUAAAAUCUAUAUCAAACACCAAAUAACAACACUCAUAAACUCUCUACAUAAAAGCCAGACUGAACAGAAAAUGACUGAAAGCGGCGUCACCAAAUGUUUUAGUUCUGCUGUGAGGAAAAGUUAAAUAAGCAAAGGAGGAUCUGAGAGGAUGUCCUGGUUUAUAAACUAAAAGCAUCUCUUAGAUGUAGUCUGGUGUGAGGCCAUGCAGGGCCUUAUAAACCUGUAAAAAGUCAAAUCUACUGUAUGCGAUCACACUUGUCCACUGAAAGGUUCACAUCUGCGUAACAAGGGCAGCUGUGCACAGUUUAUGUGUCAAAAGGCGAGCGUACUGUUAGAUUUCUUAUGUGCCUCACUAUCCAAAGCCGCCCCCAUAGGGAGGAUAAUGUUCAGAGAGCGUGCAGUGCUGCUACUGGGUCUGUGAGAGAAGACACAAGGAAGAAAGAGUGUAAUGCAUCUAGUCAUCACACCUAUGAAAUUAAUUCCCCACCACGUCCGUACUCUGCUGUAUCACCAGAUCAAAAGGAUUCAGGAGAUCUGACAUCAGGAUCUCUACGUCUUUGUUCUGAUCUUGAAAGACAAAGUGAGCCGCAGCGAGCGUUUACCUUGCUGCGUUAGAAAGUAAAAAGUCAGCAGCAGCUCUCUGCAAUAAGUAUGAAUGGGAAGUCUAUGCAGGGAUGCAGGUGUUUUUAUGGUACAGUGUGGGGGCGUUUGGCAGUGGGGAAGACAAUCACACAAUUAACUUUUCAUCGUUUCAUAAGCUGCAGGAAAAUCUCACUGAUAUAAACUGUAUGAGAAGUUCAUUAAAUUCAAGUCAAUGUAAAAUCAGGGUCCAGAAGAAGAGAAGAAAGCCAGGUGUGAAAGAGAAUGAAACAUCCUCUAAAAAGAUAGAUUCUUAGGAUAACAAAAUUAUCAAUCAAAACAGUGUUUGAUUUCUUUAAAAUCCAAACCUUCCCCGAGAGAAAAGCAAGUAGACAAAUUAGGCUCAGUGUUGUUUCUUUUGCUCUGUUGCUUUUAUCUUCUUUUGUAUUUUCCUACCCCAGUUUCAAAGACAGUAUGGAGAAAUCAUCCUACUCAGACUGGCUAAUCAACAACAGUAUCGCAGAGCUGGUUGCAUCCACAGGAUUGCCUGUGAACAUUAGUGAUGCCUAUCAGGAUCCUCGCUUUGAUGCUGAGGUAAACACACGAUAACUUGCCUUUCAAACACAACAUUACAGAAGAGCUAGUAUGAAAUGUAUAAACUGCUUCGUGUGGAUUCGUGGGCAGAUAAACCUCUGCAGGAUGUUCACAUGUUUAUGUCACACGCAAGUCAAAGAGGUCCUGAUUCAUUAAGGGUUGUGAAAGUGCCCGGGGAGCGAUGUCAGGAUGAUAUCUAAUAAGGAAGUAUUUUGAUGAGCAGACAGAUGGUUUGAAACAAAACUGACGCAGACAACGAUGUCAAGCUGGAACACCCUGUCCCUGAGCUGUUUGUCAGUUUGUACAGCUAUUUAACAUCCAAUUCACGAUGUUUUUAUUCAAUUCACUCCAGAAUUAGAGAUAUUUGAUCCUUACAGCUGAUGUGAGGAGUUUUUAAUGUUGCUGAAAAUCAAACCUUUUUGAAGUGUAGGUCUCACAGUGAGUGAUAAAUUUGACUGUUAAGAGAAAGCAGGAAAGCAGGAGGAGAUUUUUUUUUAAAUGAUGUUGAUCCGACAUGAACAGGACAAAAUCUGCAUACAGAUGAGCUAUACGUCUUUGUUCAUAGGGGGCAUUAAAAUCAAUCCAGACCAAAGGCUUCUUACAGCAGCUUUAACUGGAUUAAGUCCACACAGAUGAAAAUCCCACACAUGUAGUCUGAUUUUUUUUUUUUUUUGAAUAACCAAUCUUUUUUUAGAGGUGACAUACGACCAAUUAGGGCUGUGCAAUCAACCAGUAAAGUCGAUUACUCUGCGUUUGUAGUUUUGUAAGAUUUACUAAAAUGAAAAUCACAGCUUUCUCCUGUUGUUUGCACAAAACAACAACAUGUCUGCUACAGCAAGAGUGAAAAGACUAUUCCCCAAAAAAAGACUUAAGUCACAUAUGUUGUUGUUUUUGCGGUAUCAGACAUCGAACAAACCACAGUAUUAGAGUCAAGCCUUUGUCAUUUGUAAAAUGUAUUUAUUUGGGAGAAAAAUAAAAAUGGAUAAAAAUCGUAAACCAAGUUUUUUGUUUUAAAAAAAUUCUGAUACAAAUUUUUCCCCACAUCACCCAGCCCUACUUCCAUUUUUAUUUAUUUAUUACAUAUUAAUCGAUCUCUGUCGGGCAACAGCCGUAGACAUAUACAUCGACUUGAUUCCAAAAGAGGGAUCAUGAAGUACAAACAUGGAGGUUUCUGUUUUAGGAAUAGUGACUAAAAUGUACUUUCAGCCAACAUAGAAAUAAGCAAAGAGGUAGAGGACAUGGACUUUUAGCUUCUGGACAAACAGAUACACCAUCUUGCCAGUCAAAUCAGCCACACCCUUAAUUAUAUCAAAUGAUGUGUAACUUUAAAAACUUCUUAAAAUCAUUAUAGAUAAGUUUAAAAGGUCCCUGUGUAAACUGCUUUUUGGAAACAUGUUUUAUUCUACGAGAACAUCUUAAUAUGCGCAUUAAUGAAUUCUCUUUGGACUCUUAAGAAAAAACAGUUUUUCGCUUUUACACAUCAGCUUGAUUUUGAAAGCUUAAAAACUGCCCUUUGCCAAAGGAAAAGAAAAGGGAGGUAGCGUAGAUCAAAAAUAAAUCCCUGACUUUUCAAAGCGUGGACCUUGAGCAGCAGUUACAGUAAAAGAUGAGCUGUGGGAAAAACCUGACAGCAGGUUACUACUGAAAUAAACAACACUGUUAAAGGGCUCUGACUGUGAAGUUGAAGGUUCGUACUGUACACAGCAUUUUACAAUUUUGAACAUUUUUAUUCAUCUCUGGAAUCCAGCACCUCUUAGUUUGAAAUGAUCGAAAUUGAGAUUUAAAUAUUAAAAGUGCAAAUUAGAGAACAAGCCAAGGUACAGGUCAGACUCAUUUUCAUUCCUGUUACAUUUCUUCUUGGUUUUCUUUCUUGAUCAACACGUAGUUUGUUCCUUGAAAUGUAAGAAAAUAAUGAAAAUGUUCAUCUUAAUUUUCUGAGGGGCAAAAUGUUUCCCUUUUUCUUAGAGAAGAAAAUGUUGAUUUAACUUUGAAGUUAAAUUAUUUAAGGAAAUGUUUUAUGCAGAUGUCUUCUACUGUUUUUCUUCUCAGGCGGACCAGUUCUCGGACUUUCACAUCCGCUCCGUCCUUUGUGUUCCCAUCUGGAACAGCAACCAUCAAAUCAUUGGUAAGUUGACAAAUGGAGAUUGAUUUAGGCUUUAAUUUUCCGGAUAUACUGAAGAGUUUUCAUUAGAUAUGUGAGUGCAUAUGCCUGUAAAAUGGUAAUAAAGUAAAGUUACAAACAUUUAAUGCUACAAGCCUCCACCAGUCUUUGAUGGCUUUCCACGAGGUGAAAAUUUACAGAUACUGAAAUUUACAACAAUAACCAAUGUCAUUUUGCCUAUGUCAAUAUAUUUGGUGUCAAAAUAAAUAAAUAUACAAGUUGUAUAUUGGAGUUGGUUUUGGAUGUGUGUAGGUAGGCUAUGGUCUCAUGUCCCUUUAAGACGCUGUCCUACGUCAGAAAUGUGACUCCACCCCAUUCAGUCUGUAACAAAGAGGGAAAGACAGGUGAGGAGAUGGAAGACGGUUCAAAAGUUGUAGCAGCUGGAGCGGCGACUGAAGUAGACAAAGUUAAUGUGGGAGAGGGUGAGCAGCUUGUCCGUUUAUCAUUGUUGAGGUGAACUGCUCAGUGUAUCGUGACAUUGAUUUGAGGCCAUAUCGCCCAGCCCUAUGUCAGGGUAAGAUGUUUGACGAUAAGACUUUUCCCACGCUGGGUAAGUUUGAAGAUUUUGGAGAUUGAAGUCAGUCUCUCUGUAAUUCAGAUAGGUUUUAAACUAGCAUGUAUUUGAGAGGCUGUCUUUGUGAACAGGAGCAUUAUCAUGCGGAAACAUGGAAUCACCUUCACUUAAUAGUUGCCAUGGAGUUGAGACAACACAACUUUGAGACAAAAUGACAUUAUAAACUUGUACAAAUGAGACAAGCUUAACCAGUGGAAAUAGACUGAACUACACAGUAGAUGUGUCCAUAUACUUUUGUCCAUGUACUGUGUUCAUGUAAAGCUCAUUUGCGCUCAUACUGUAGGGCUCAAAUUUCUUUUGCUGCAUUCUGGACAUUAAAGGAGAGGAGCUGAGGCUGCAUCUGUGUGAUCUUCUCCGUGCUGCACCAUCACUUCACACUUGGAGGUGGAGUUCCCUGUUUCUGGCUGUGUGCUUCGUGUUUGUGAAUCCGCCCCAGGCCCCAACACCACACUGACACUCUGAUAAAUCAUUGAUCUCUUGUCUGGUUUUAGUGCUGGAUAUUGCGGGGAGGAGCAAUGAUAGCAGCUCCACUCGGUCCACUGAGAUCUGACGUAGGAAGUCAUUACUUUUAUUCCAGUGCAAAGUGAUCAGCAUUUCUGCAGUAGAUGGUUGGUUAAGGACCUGUGUUUGCCUGUGUGCGAUGUCUGUGUGUACUUGUUUUUUUUUGUUUGUUUAUUUGUUUGUCGUGUAGGUGUGAGUGUAUUUGUCAGGGAGGGGAGAGGGAAGCGUGGAAAAAGAAACAGAAGGAGUGAGGGGAGAAAGAAAUGCAGCGUGUGUGGGUGGUACCUGAGGAUCCAGAGUGAAAACCAUUAUACAAACAAAGCAGCAGGAGAUGAAAUUCUCAAGUCAAGGAUGCAUUAACUUAGUAUGAAUGUCCCUUUGUCCUCCACCAAGGUUACAAACAGCCCCUUAGAAAUGCAACAUGAGAGACUAUGGUGUGACAACAACAGUAAACACAUUUAAUAGCAGAACAUCCUCCACCUGUGCACCAUUAAGGUUGUUUUGCUUAGAGCAGUUAAUGGUACAAUGUGGGUUUUUUUAAAUGUGUUUUUCUGAGUGUUCAACGAUAAAAAGAAUCAACUUUGCCAACCUGAAUUACCAUAUGCUUUUGUAAAUUAGAGAAUAAUAAUUCAGAGUACAUUUUUGAACAUCUUUAUUUUACUUGAGUAUCAUUUUUGAGGGAAAUUUAUUACUUUUACGCCACAAAAAUUCUACAAAUGGUCUUGUUUCUGGCCGCUUUAGCUUUGAGGUAAGCUGUGGCUGUAAAAUAUCACAUUAACAUUAUCAUGAUGAAACUUGAAAUUUAAAACAACACAGUAUGUCAAAUCGAAAAAAGGCAAGACAAGGAUGGAGCAACAUGGUCCAUGUGUUCAUAUCCACAUCUUAAAUUGUAAUUAUUAAAAAACAACUGAUGUUAUCUAUUUCUAAUUAUGUUCAGUUUAGUUCAGUUUAGUUCAGUUUCCUCAUCACUGCCUUGUCACUGGUCUUUAGAGAAGACACUGCCUCAUUAAAGCUUGUUUGUUGGGGGAGCCCUGACGAGUCGAUUAGUGCAGUGGAGUUUCACAGCUCAAGGAAGAACAUUUAUGAUCAUUACUUCAUGCAAAUGCAAUCAGACCACUAAGGCAGAAGAACUAUGGUGUCUGCAGUGCAAAAUGAUUAUUAUGAUGAUUAUAACUUCAUGGAAAUGAUACGCUGCACUCGGUGGUCGACUUGUUGGGGCAGUGGGUGAGUUCUGUUUGGUCUCUUUGCUAAAGAAACCAGGCAAAGCUAAAAAUAUGUUUGGUGGCUAGUACUAUGGCUAGGACCUUAUAUGUCCUGUUGAUGAAGUUAGGUGCUGUUCUGAGCAUUAUUUGUGGCUAUAGAGUGGCUUUUUGGUUGAGGUUUGUAUAUGGCUCCUUAGACCGCUGUGUAUUGCUGUCGUGUGGUUGUUACUAAAGUUGGUAUAACUAGAGAAGCAAGCGAUCGGCAACAUUUAUCUCUUGAGGGGGUGUCUAACUUGGUGUUACGGUGUGUUUGAUCCUAACUUGGUUUUACGCCAGAAUAUCCCUUUAUUAAAUGUUUGGGAUGCUUUUAUUCUGAAAUUUUUCUGUCUUGUAUUUAGGUUCCUUUAUUUUGUACAUGCUACUUCCGGUAGAUAGUCGAACGAUUAGAAAUUAUAAAUGUUUGAUUAAUAAGCACCCUAUAAAGGUACAAACUCUAAAGUUACAUUUGGAUUUACAGAAAUCCUGGAAUUGAGUUUUAAAAGUGUCCAAUAAUCUCUUAGAGAGCUGCUUCAAGCUAGCAAAUUUUUUAAUCAACAAAACCAUGUCAGGAAACUAAAGCAAAGAAAUCACCCACCUUUACAGAUAGCCCAGCACAUCAUCACCCUCUUUACUGAUCGAAAGGUGACUGAAUAGAGGAUCAGAGGUUAAAAACUGAGUAGAGCAGUUGUAGCACAACCACCUCUGGGAGGAAACUCAUUGCAGCAAUUUCUAUCCAUGAUCUCAAUCUUUAGUUCACAACCUGAAGCUAAUGACCAUGAGUGAGGACUGAAUGGUAGACGGACUAGUGAAUCGAGAAACUGACCUUCAAGCUCAGUUCCCUCUUCACCACAAUGGUCCAGCAUGUCUUUAUUACUGCGAAAACAGCAACAACCCACUCGAUAGUCUCAUGUUUGUUUUACCUUCACUGUAAACAAGACCCUGAGAUACUUGAACUUCUUCAAUUGAGGCAAAGAGCCACUUUUCACCUAGCGGGAACAAAUCACUCCGUAAAACUCUGAUUAACCUGAAUAAAAAGUUAGAAACUUCAGUCAUGAACUCUAUAUACUACACUCACAGUAUGUUUUUUCAUAUCUAUAAACUGCACUUAAGGCAGUCUGGUUAGUGAGAGGUUAUGUUGUCACCACUAGGCCCCAAAAUAGGCAUUUAUUUUGCUAAUGUUUGGAUCCACCUGCCCCAUAAACCUAUCAGAUUUCCCAUGCUCAUGAUGCAGAGUGCAGACACCAGCUCUAUUUUUAAAAUUUUACCCACAAAUAAAAACUAUUUCCACCUUUCAUUUCUCUUAUAUCUUCAUUCUGGUACUUUCAUUGACCUCUGAGAAAUAAAUAGCCAUGUUAAGUGUUGUUUAUAAGUUUUCGUCAUAAUUUCUAAUCAACUUUAAGGUCAGUCUCUGUUAAUUAAAUGUUCACACGUUAUCAAAAAUAGGCUUGCUGUGGUUUUUAAUUACAUGAAUGACGCCAUCAAAACAGGCUGUCAGAUAUAAGAAGACUUCAAUCCUGCUGCAACAAUUGUGGACAAUUAACAAAUGAGAUAACAUUAAUUGGACGCCCGUUUCACCAUAGCUACACUUUUGUUUGUAAUCUGUAACCAUGUAUGUUUACACAAAAACACUGUCCAUUGGAUAUCCCCCUAUUUAAAUCUGAACAUGUUGCUUUUUAUGUGAUAGGAUAUUGUGCCUCUGCUUAAUUUACAUUAAUAAUGAAUGCUUGGAAAUGACGUGGAGUGUGUGGGUUUGAUCCUCUUUUAAUUGCGGGCAGGUUAUACCGAGUCUUUCCAAUAUCAAGCUUAAAGCAACACUUUGUUGAGGGCUUUUUUACUCUCUGUGGCAGGUGUUGCUCAGGUGCUGAACAGGCUCGAUGGGAAACCAUUUGAUGAUGCAGACCAACGUUUGUUUGAGGUAUUACAGCUGAUUCUUUGCCAUUGUAAACAUGUCAAUGAAAUUUACAUGUUGUUGUUUAAUAAGUCUGCUUUUGGUCUGUUUUCUUAUUAGGCGUUUGUGAUCUUUUGCGGGCUCGGCAUCAACAACACCAUCAUGUACGAUCAGGUGAAGAAGUCUUGGGCCAAACAGUCCGUGGCUUUAGAUGUAAGAGCACAACAUUUGAUUUCUUGCCUCUAUUACAAAUGAAUUGAAAUCCUCUUUUAUCAAGAUAUAAACCCUGUAUAUCUUUCUUUUAGUUAAUUCAGCUCUGCUUCAGUUUCUUUUUGUUAUUCCUGUGUGCUCAUGUGUCAGUCACUUCGAUUCCUCCUCCAGAUCCUGUCCACGUCCUCUUCCCUUGAUUUAUUUUAAAUUUUAAUCCACUUAUUAUGAUCUGAGCCGAAACGUAUAACCAGGGGUCGGUUUAACCAACCACUAUUAUAUUGGAUAGCUAGUAUAAAACCUCCUCUUCUCUCUCAGGGGUCUUUGUGCUUGGCUCCUUUUUUGUCUCAUAUUUCCACAGGAAUGUACGCAUGAAAAAAAAAAAGUGCUGAUCUCUCUUUGUAGAUAACCUUCUCACAAAGGUUUUAUUGAAAAUUAAUGAGAGGCAGUGAAAAGCAAUCCCUCAUCUGCCCUGCAGUAUGCAGCCAUUCAGCACAAGUCAGCCUUUACAGUAUGUCCUUAGAUUACAAUGGGGAUCUUUCAGGUGCAUUAUAGUAGUUAGCACUGCUGUGUUUUUUAACAAUAGUGGAGGCUGAGAACAGAAAAAGAGAGAGAGAGAGAGAGCAUUUAAAGGAGAAGCACAGACUGAACUAAUAUGUAGAUGCAUUGCUUCUGGCAUCACUGAAUAAACAUGAGCAUUUAUGAUCAAAUAAGCAGCUGCAGGUCUGUGCGAGGUAUUUCUCCCAGGAAAUGAAGGGAACAUGGCGAUGGAAUCAGGGCUGACACUGCUGCUCUUGUAGACUGUUCUAGAGGCGAGCGUUGACUCUCUCAUAGAGAAGAGCCAACGCGCCGCUUUUAAGGUUGUGUGCCGCAAUUAUUUAAGCCACAGCCAAAGUUUCACCACUAUUACAAACUUGCAGGUUCUUAUUUUAAAUGAUUCAAAAAGACUUUGUGUGACAUUUUGUGAUUAUUUUUCAGGUUCUGUCUUACCACGCCACUUGUUCCAAGACUGAGGUUGACAAAUUCAAGGUAACAUAUUUCAAUGCUGACAGCUGAGAAUUUUUUUUUUUUUUAAAGCUGGAGUUCAUUAUAGAUGUCAAAGUGUCUUUGCAAGAGUCUCACAUGACACAUUACUUGCCUUUUAAUCCUCAUUACUGAGCAGAAGUUAUAGCUGAAGUUAAAACUGAAGCUAUGGCGACGCUCCCCCCUUGUUAGAUCUCCUUGUUAAAACAUUAGGGAGAGUGUAGUGAGUGCUUUUCGUCAAUGAAACUGAGAGCAAAAACAUUGUAAAUUUUUGUUUUGUAAUGAAAAUUUUAGAGUCAUUUGUGCCUCCCUUUAAUUUACUCCUCCCACACCUCAGUGUCUGAAUAGCUCUUUCGUCGCUUUCUUCCAGGAAGACAAAUAAAAACAUAAACAUUUUACAUGUUUUACUGAACAAAGUAUGUGCCUUUUACAAUGUGGUACAAACACACUCUUAUUUUAUGAUCUUCAGGUUUGCUCUGGUGGUGCCUGUAAUUGCCAUCAUUAAAUGUUAUCGUUUUCUACCUCUGUAGAUACAUUCCUAAAACCAUAAGCUUUGUACUGAACUCAAUUAAGACAUAUAGGGGAAAAACAAAGAUAUUAAAGGCCCAUUACGAUACUCUGAAAUCCCUCUAUUUUACAAUAAAAUUAAUGCACAGCAUUAACAGUAAAACAACCUGUAAUUUCUCUGAUGCCUUGAAUGUAACUCUUGCUUGUAGGAAGGUAAAAAUCUUGAAAACUCAGUUUAUUAUGCAUGAGUUUUGCUCAUGGGAUCUUUAAUUAAGAUACAGAAUGUUUUCCUAAUUAAGUAAGAGUGUAUUAGCUUUCAUGGAAAAAGCCUACAGUGACAGGGAGCAGUUAUUGGCAGCCUUUCUUCAGGAUUUCAUCUCUAGUUUCUCCCCAAUAACUGCACUCAUGUAAAUAUGGGCUGAAAAUUCCCCUAAGAAACAAACUAAUUGUGGUAUUUGGAAUAAAUUAUUCCAAUCAAUAAGCAAUUAUACCUAAUGCAUUAUUUAUAAAGAUGAAAAAAUCAAAAUAUCUACAUUUUUAAUUGGCAUGACAUUUCUGAAAUAUAGAUAUGACCUAUUUUCCUGCACUUUCACGUGUAGGAUUUUCCCUUGUGGCCAUUACAGCAGAGUAGAAACCUCGCUUUCCACUGCGCUUGUGUGAUCUGUCAGCCUCCCAAUCCACCAUCACACUCUCUGCCUGCAUCUCUGUCCCCCUUGUACUUUCUUUCAUAACUGCUCCACAUACGCAGCCCUGUGGAGGACACUUGACAGGGAUUCCACCUGAGUGCAAAUGGCAGCGGCAAACAAACCUGGCUGACAUUUCGUAACCUGCGGCUGUGAAUGAAGAGAGAGCAGAAUACCAGCUGACCCGAUGGGCAAACAUAGUGCUCUGAUGGCUGUUAGAGAGCAGAGAGAAACACUGGCGCAGAUCUGGAAGAGAGAUUUGACUAGUAGGAAUGAGAUACAGGUUAAAAAGCAUGAAAUAGUUGUAUUAUUAAUGCUGACCAGAGGCAGGAAAGACAUGUUUCCCUUUGUGCUUGUUAGACCGCACUGAGCACAGCAGACGUAGAAGCUUCAGGAUAUGUCUGGUUAAUUGGAAUCACUUAUGUUUUUCACAUAUUUGUUUGAAUAGUGUUUUUGUAGAAAGCUGUGGAUGAUUACUACGGCACAGCAAGGUUUGUCAAUGAGCUCCAAAAGUAAACAGCGGUGAAAUCCUCCUCUAAGCCCCUUCAUUAAUCUUAACCCUCUCCCAAUGAGUCCUCAGAGUCUUAAUUACCUUGUCUCCAUAUUUCCAUGUAUCAUCUGAAAAUGGCACAGCAUCCCCUGACCUCUCAAUCUUCCUCUGCUCUCUGACCUCAUAUUCUUUCCUUAAUUAAUGUUUUCUCCCACCUCCAUGAAACAGGCGGCUAACAUCCCCCUGGUCUGCGAGCUGGGCAUCGAUAAGCUCUCCUUUGACGAUUUCUCUCUGGACGUUGACGCCAUGAUAACAGCGGCUCUGAGGAUGUUUAUGGAGUUGGGAAUGGUGCAGAAAUUUAAGAUUGACUACGAGGUGAGAAUGCUGACUUCCUGUAUCUAUUUUCUCUCAAUAUUUGACUAAAUCUGCCCAGAACUUUGCUCCUUCACAAGCUAAUCCAUCCUCAUGAUGACUGCUGACCCGUGCUCUCGUUUCUCCCUCUGUCUUCCCCUGCAGACACUGUGCAGAUGGCUGCUGACUGUCAGGAAAAACUACAGAAUGGUUCUCUACCACAACUGGAGACAUGCCUUCAAUGUCUGCCAGUGCAUGUUCGCCAUGUUGACAGUAAGUAUAAUCAUGCCAAAACCAGGGGCAAGAGGUGGCAUUGCCUUCUCCUUAAAAUCUGAUUGGCCACCCCAAAAUUCUAGUCACUAGCUGCGUUUACACAGGCACAAAUAAUCAGAAUAAAUGCUUGAUUGGAAUAAAAAUGCGUCAUGUAAACAUGUCGAUCGGAAGAUUCUGAUCCAAUUCAGCUCAAUCGGGAAGAAAUUGUAUUCUGAUCGAGGGGGUGGUUUAUGCUGAUCGUUAUUCCGAAAUGCAUCCAUGUAAACACUUACUCUGAUCGUGACUCUUUUACCUAAAUCGAUCGUCACUCUUUAGCCUUUGGCUUAUUAAUUGAGGUCAGUACAGGAGGUUUCAUUAUUAACACUCUGGCAUAAAACACAACCGCAGGUGCCGUGUCUGCUCCUCCGGUAACAUAACAAGGCGUACAUACAGCGUAAUGAUGUCACAUCUCUAUGCACAGUGCAACUUUAGACAGAACAGUGAAAUAAGUACGCAAGGGCGACAUCAAGUGACAUUUAACAGAAGGAAAACUUCUGAAUCGGAUGGAGUGAGCCACUAAUGGGUUUGUUGGCUUGUUGACAGCACAGGCAUCAAUACAACUCUUCUUCUGCGGUUGUUUUAGCGAAAUCAGACAACUCUGCGCAUGUCCAAAUGUUUCGAAUCUGAAUAAAACUUGGUGCAUGUAUACGCACGUCAUGAUCAGAUCAUUUGAAUUUGCACCCAUAUAGACAGUGGAUUCAGAUUAUCUGAUCCUUCAAAUUUUAAUCAGAUCAAGAAAUUUUGCACAUGUAAAUCGUGGCUUAUGAUUGUCUUUUGCUUUGUCAGAGGCAGGACUGAUGUCAAAAUCAACUCUUUGGGCUGUGUCAUUACUACAAUGUAGCUGGCAGCAGCUUUCUUGAUUUUGAAUGUUACAUGUUUCUUUUGUUAGUGAUUAAAAUUGUGAUGUUUUGGUUUUUUUUCCUGUGCCAACAUUUACACGCUGAAUCAGUGAUGGUAUUGUGUUUUACAUCAGUCAGCAACAGCUGGUUUUCUAGAGCUUAAAGCGAGAGCAACCAGAGUGAAGCAGAGUCCAUUAGACAAAAAUCUAAGAGGCAGUCAAAGAAAGUUUUGAGUAGCUGUUAAAAUCAGGCAUAAAUAUUCAAAUAAAAGAAAACGGCCUCAACCUUUGAAUUUGUGUGAAUCUGUGAAUAUAGUAUGCCUUGUAGACUCCCACUUAGAGCACUUAAAUUCAGUUAUUAUUUGAAAGAAAUGAUACUAAAGCAAGUUAAAUUACCUGGUCUUGGAGAGCAAAUAAGUGGAUUUCCUGGAUUUUCCAGGUCCUUGUUACCAAGCCACGGUUCUCAAUGGGGUCUAGUCAGUUUUAAAGUCUGAUAGAAAAUAUAACAGCUGUAGAAAUUGCUGAGAUUGCAAUUACACUUCGCAAUACUUACUAUACAAACAGCCAAUUCUGUGUGGAGUCGAAGUAGCGACAUUUGUUUGAACAGAAACCCCCAAGAGAAUUACCUCAUCAGGUCCUACGGGGCAACACACACUCACACACAGAUAUAUUUGCGCACACAUAGACUGCUAUACAAACAACGCAGAGCAGUUCAUCUAAUCAAGCACAGCGUCAAUGCACGGUGCCCCCUCUGAAUUGAUUAUCGGCAGGGGGAAAUGAAACAGCAGAGUGUAAGCUGUUCCUUGGUCCUCCACUAUCUUGCCAUGUGUUUUAAUGAGCAGACUGAGGGCCAUGCUAUCUUUGCUGCUAUCCUCACACUGACCUGCAGUGACUCAUUCAGCUCAUGGCCUCUAGAACCCAUUCAUCCAUUUGACUGUGUUACUGCAGUCCCACUGGCUGACCCAGGAGAAACUGUUUUUAGGACAAUGCUGCUAUUUCGUAGAAUAAGAGCUGCUCUUACCAAAGGAUGUGUGUGUAUUUGUUUUCUCAUUGACCUCUUAUCCUCUCUGCCAAUCAGACGGCGGGUUUCCAGGAGACUCUAACAGAGGUGGAGAUCUUAGCCCUUAUUGUAGGUUGUGUGUGCCAUGACUUGGACCAUAGGGGUACCAACAACGCUUUUCAAGCCAAGUAAGUGUUAGCUGCUUUGCGCCUGUCUCCUCUGUACACACACAUAAACACAUUUCCUCCCACACAUUGUUUGUAGCCUGUUUUCCCACCUUCAAUAGCCUGCUGCAGAAGACAGUCCAGAUCAGCCAGAGUCAAGUGGCAAAUUGUACACAGCUUAGAUGAAGUUGUGCUUACAUAGACUGUAAACACUGCUAUCUCUAACCUUUAAAACAGCAUGUAAAACACCAUUAAACUGCUUUAUUGUAUUAUAUUUUAUCUAUUGUAUCAUAUUUCUAUUUACUGUAUGUUAUUCUUGGAUUGGAAACAGACCUGGGCACUUAUUCAAAUCACAGACUGUCAAAGGUGUGGGGUAUGACAAAUAAAGUUCCUUGACUCCUGGAAUCCUUAAAACUACCGUUCUGAAACCAAGAUGAUAACAUAAUGGAAAGGGGGAAAAGGUCUUCUAAAAUGAUUCAUAAAAAUGUCCCUCCCUCUAAAAAAGAUUUCCAAAUAUCUGAAGUUUAGGGGUUUUAUGUUAUUGGCAAAGGCGAUGUGUUUUAAUUUCAAUAGUAAGUCCAAUAAAGCUGUAGCUGAGGAUGUUACAUGAGAGAAAAACUUGAUUGAAUUCAAAGUAAUUCACGAUUUUUUUUAAUGUUAACACAAACUACAACUACACUUAUGUUUAACAUAUGCAAUAAUACGAUAUAUCAACGAAACCACCAGAAUAAAAUGCAAUAUUACUUGAUACAAUACUAUCCUAUACAAUUCUACACAAUAAGACAUAAAAUGAUGCAAAUGAUUUGAUGCAGUGUUACCAAAAGAUACAAUGUACUACGUUACGAUGUGAUAUGAUACGAUGUGAAAUGAUACAGUACAAUUCGAUAUGUUACAUUGCAAUAAGAUAUGAUACAAUAUGAUGCAGUAUGACACAAUACAAUGUAAUUUGACAUGAUAUGUUACGAUACAAAAAAAGUUAAAAAUAUGACACAAUAGAAUAUGAUACACAAUGAUGCAAUACAAUGUUACAGUACAAUACGACAUGAUAUGAUCCAAUACAUUACCAUAUGAUAUGAUACGAUAUGAAAGAAUUUCCAUUUGAAACAAUAGGAUACAAUACAACCCAAUAUGAAAUGUAUAGAUAUGAUAUGAUGCAAAACAACAUGAUGUAAUAUGAUAUAAUAAGGUUCAAUGAUAUUCUUUUACUAUCAGACUCUAUUUGACAUGUUUUUUUGACUUUCAGUUGAAUGAAAAAAUAAUAAACCUUCAGCUAAGAUAAAAGUUAAAAUAGUUUGCUUGAUAUUCCAAAAACUAAUGGAGUAUGCUGAACUUAGGAAACCUGUCCUCUUCGAGAGUUCACAAGCCUCAGUUCUCUUGAGUAUUUUCUCUCCAUAUUGAAUGAUCAUAUUCAGUGUGUAGUCUAACUGUUGAAUUUCUGCAGCAGUUUAGGUUAUGGCUCUCCAGCUUCUUUUAUUAUUGAGCUGUAAGUUAGCGACAGAGCGCAGAGAGCAUCAGAGAGGGAAUUAGAGCAGACUCAACAGCAUACUUUGUUUUUUAGUGUGUGUUCAAUCUUGAUUAUGUUAUUUCUUUUCUCAAUCCCUGUAUUUGUGUUCUGUGCGUGCGCUUUUGUGUCUGUGACUGUGUGUAUGUGCCAGGACGGGCUCAGCACUUGCUCUGCUUUAUGGGACCUCUGCUACUCUGGAGCACCACCACUUCAACCAUGCUGUUAUGAUCCUGCAGAGCGAGGUGCACUUUGUUCCAAUAUCUGCUGCAAUGCAGUUACCAUGAAAGUUCUGCACAUGCUACUACUGCAUGUUUUAUUUGAGCAAUUCUUUUAAAGUGUCCACAGCUCACUGAAAACAUCCUCGUAAACACUUUGUAUCGCACCUCACUUUAAGGAUAACUCAAAAGGUCAAGGUGUCGUGUUAACACAUCUCGUCUAAACACUUACUACAAACUUCAUGAGAGUUAGAUUCAUUGUUUAAACCUAGUAUGUGACUACAUUAGCUCUUGCUGGGCAUGCCUUAUAAUCUUGCAACUCUGCAUUACAUGUACUCAUUUGAAGCUCCUGUGAUGAUGAGUUUUUGGAGGUUAUUAAACAGACUAAAAUUAAUAUUAAUGUCUCUUUAUGAGCUAUAAAAUCAAACAAAACCAAAAGCAUGAUAAUUAGUUUUUUUUUCUACGUAAUUAUUUGAAUGGUUAAAGCUUCAGCUGAGGGGUAAGUGUCAGACUUCUGGAUUAUGUGUAUACUGUGUACAGUGUAUUUUCUAUGUAUACUUUGUAUAUUUCACAGCAGAGAAAGACACAUUUGACCUUUAAAUCAAAGUAGGGUGAGACUUUUGUUCAAAAACACUACUUACACACCUGCAGGACAAAAUCAGCAGAGUGAAAGAAAGUAUUUAUUUGUCCACAGGGGGCGCUAAAUUCAACACAAACUGGUAGUUCUUUGCAGAAGCUAAAAUUAACUUUUCAUUGCAUUUGCACUUUAUUACCAGGCUAAAUUGUGGUUAAAAGUCUUUUAAAGUUAAAAAAGCACGACUAGCCAUACUUAAAGUACAACUAACAUGAGGUGCCAGCUAACAGCUUGAAACCCAGGAAGUUAACCAGCCUUAUCGCAUGAAUGUCAGCUACUUCAAAAGAAUUGUAAAUUGAGCACAGUGUAAUUGUUUUUAAGGGCUCUGUGACCUCUUUCGGCUGAAAAGCUGAUAACUCAAGGGUUGGGGGGGCUGUUUCUUACCACGUCCAUUUUUACAGCAUGUUGAUUGAUUGGCUAGUAGUCUCGAUAAUUCUCAGAAAGAAAGAAAAGCAUUUUCAAAAAAUGUCAAACUGUUCAUUUAAAGCUCCUGUGAGUUUAUUUGCUAGUUGUGAAACAGACAGAAAUCAAUUCUGCUGCUCUAUAACAUUUUUUAUUAAACAUGCCAAAAACUUAAUGUAAGUUGCACAUUGUAAACAUUUGGAAUAAAGAAACAUAAUUUUUAGUUUCUUUGUUUUAUCAGGAAUAUGAGCAGGAGAUUAACUUUGCUGCUUUGUACUCGGGGAGCACCAAAAUCAGUGCAAGCAGGAUGUUCUUUCACAGUAGCUUUAAAGUUAUACGACUUACAGCUAAAUAGUGACGCAUUGAAACUCUAGACUACAAAAGAUUACAGCCCUUGUUCCUCUGAGAAGUCGAACUGGUUUUUAAAAACCUCAAAUCAGACCAAUUACUGAUUCUUGUUUUUACUUCUGGACAUUGUAUUUAAAGCUCCUGUCACUUUCUGUCUGUGGUGGUUUUGGCGCCCCCUGUGGUCAAACUCUUUUGUUGGUGCUGAUUUUGUCUCAUCCUUGGGAAAGUGGUGUGUUUUUUUUUGGCAAAAAUUCUCUUUCUGUCUUUUUUAACAGUGAAAAUUAAUCAGAUAUUCAAUUGCUGUAGGUACUUGCUGUGGAAAUGCUGUUUUGUACCUCUUUACAGCAGCAACAGGCAUUCAAAACUGUGAUAUUGAAAUUGUCAGUUUUGUUGUCAGUGGUCUCGUUUGCUUUUGGGCGUCUUAGAAACACAUCACUGCUUAUUUCAGCCUAUUUCAUAAGCAGCCAAAUUUCCUCACAGUAGCUUUAAUGUAGAAUAUCCUUAAUUCCACUUUGUCCCCAAAAAUAAUUAUUAUGAUCAAAAAUAAAAUCCAAAUAAAGGACUUUGUGCCCACAGUGCCUGAAGUUAUCCAUGUGGUGCCUGGAUGUUGGCUGUAUGAGAGCAAGUAAACAAAUAGCUCACACUGCCUCACAAAUCAAUGUGAUCACAGAGGCAAUGGAUUUGCUGGUAAUUGGUUGAGAGAGACAUUUUACCAGGUGACUGGGUUUGCAUAAAGUUGUAAUUAAAGAUGUUUUGAAGGAGCAGCUGAGACGAGGAUUAGCAGGGUGGGUUCCAGUGGCUUCAUUAUCAAGGUGCUGACAACACAGUAAGCUGACAAAUGUUUGCUUGGAAUAUCAUAAUGGGCUCUGUUGAUACCGAGGCUGAGCUAACACUGUCCCAUUAGCAUAUAAAUGAAGAGUGUGGCUAAUUCAAGUAGAAUUAGCUGUUACGCACAGAAAAAUAAAUUGGAAUAGUAACUUUUAAAUGUCACUGUGUCUCUUUGACUGCGUCACUUCGUAUUUUACUCAAUCACUUGCUCUGAUUGAGACAGGAUGAGUGCCGUGUGUCACCGCUGCUACGUUGCUCAAUGUACAACGAGACGCACCACAACAAUCUGUAGAUUUCUCCGCUAAUUUCUGCAGGUCAUUAUCACCUGCUCAUUUUUCAUCCUUUUCUGUUAUCACCUCGACAUCUUCUUUUCCUCCACAGACAGACGUAUCCAUCUGUUCAAACCCUCCUCUAGAGGAGGCAGUCUAAGUGGUGAAUGAAUGUAUAAUGCAUGACGGGGAGAGGCCUGUUUAAUGACGCAGGGCCUCAAGUGAGAGAUGUUGCCUCUUUAUUAACAGCUGCUUGGUUCCCUCCUCUGCACACAUUCAUUCUCUUUUAUUGUUGCCUCUUUGUUAUGGUUAAGUCGUGUAAAUAAAGGCUAUUUGCUCUAGCAACUUGUGAGACAUCGUGGAAGAAUAAAGUGAGGAGUGAAGUUCCUCUGCAGUUCCCUCCUCAAUAGAAAGCAGUAAAUGCGAUUUUGUACAGUGUUACUCUCUUUAUGCCUACUGUCAUUUUACUGCACAAGCAUGCACCUAUUAGGUGUGACACGUUGCAUUGGAAAGUGGUGUAAAAGUCAGCGGCCCUCCUGUUUUUAUUCCUUUGUAGGAACUCAAAAUGUCACAUUUCUGCUUAAACCUUGACGCUGAAACAAGAUCGCUGAAGAGUAAAUAUUGUGCAGAACACUGUAAUGUAAACAGGGAGUGCUUUCUGACACUGCCCUUGUAUUAGUCCUGCUGACUCACUGGUAUACUGUCAGUGCUUAAUGGUUAAUGUCAUUAGUAACACCUGUUCUGUCUUGUGUGUAAAAAGGCCUAUUAACUACAACCAAAGCAGCUUCUCUGAUGGCGCGAUGGCUCAUUGCAUUGUGUUUUUCUGGCCUUGCUUCAGCUUUCUUUUGAUGUCCCACUACAGAGAACACCUCUCCCCUGACAGUUUUAGACUCUUAUUUAUUGAUAGCAGGAGAACACUGGUUUAACUUGCUAUUGCUUGGAUUUGUAUGGAUAUAUUGACGAAAACAAUGUUGCAUACACAAAGAUAAAUCAGAGGAUUUAAAUCUCCAGUGAAGAAAUUUUGGUUUGUGUAAGUUUUGGCGCCCCCUGUGGUUGUAGCAGCCUUAAAAAUGUAUUAUUGAUUGAGUAUUUGAUGAAAAAACUGUAAGAAAAAGGCUUUUUCUCCAGAUGCUUUGCUAACACCUACCCUUACACAGGUAUCAGGUUGUAGAAAUUACGAAAUGGCAGCCAUUAACCAUUUCACUGAUUGUCGUUUGCUUCCAUACAUCAAAAAAAAAGGCACCAAUAUGAAUUUCAGUCUAUUUCACUGACUUCUCACAGGAGCUUUUAUGGUGUAAAGAAUCAAUACUUUGAAUUACCCUCAAAUAUGACUUAAAUCCAAUAUGUUAAAUACUCUGUGUCAUUUAAAAAUCUUUCAUGUGAACUAUUAAAAUCACACUUUAUCUGUCUGUAUUGCAAGUCUUUGACAGCUUUCUUUAAAACAGUUUUCAGUGUUAUUGUGUUUUAUUUUUAUUAUUAUGCACACUGCUUAUAGCACUAAAUAAACAUUGUUAUAAGCUGUUGUGAGUGCUUAUCACUCAUUAGGGUUAAAACAAAGCCUUUAAGAUGCACUUAAAAACAAUUUUUGUACUGUGCUAUAAGAGGUGUGUUCAUGUAAAGUGUUCCUGUGAUCUUUUACUGAAAUGCAUCAGUGGAGGAAGGAUGCCUGUAGUGUAACCUAUAGAAACUUAUAGAGAAAAAGUGACAUCCACUGAGCAUUUUUCAUCGUGUUUUUUCUGUACGUGUCUCCACAGGGUCACAACAUCUUCUCCAACCUCUCCUCCACAGAGUACAGCGACCUCAUGCAGCUCUUGAAACAGUCCAUCCUGGCCACAGACCUCACACUUUACUUCGAGUAUGUUCUGCUGAACACCAUGGUGCUUAUUGAACAGUUAAAUCUCCUGACAGAGAGGUGUCCACUGAGUGUUGUAACUUCAUUACGAGUCUGUCUCUAUGCUCUGCUUUCCAUUGAUUUGCAGGCGUCUUUUAGGUCACACCGCCCCCCUGUGGAAAUAGAGUAACUUACACCUAAAGAUACUGAUGCUUUGUUUUUCUGCAGGAACAGAAACACGUUCUUUGAGCUGGUCAGUAAUGGAGAGUAUAACUGGAAUGUGAAGGGUCAUAGAGACAUGUGCAGGUAAAAAAAAAUGAAAAGAGUCCCAUUAUCUCUCAAUACAUUAUUAAAUUAAACUGUGGGUUUUGCAGUGACAUAAAUCUGUAUGAUCAUUCUCAGAUCGAUGAUGAUGACAGCUUGUGAUCUUGGUGCUGUCACUAAACCUUGGGACAUAUCACGCAAGGUGAGAAACACACUUUUAAAUGUAGGAAAAUAUAGUACCAAACCACUUAUACAUUAUAAUCUCAAACAAUUGGUUAAAACUAUAAUCAACUAUCUGAACAUAGGUUGUCAUUAUUCUGACUUAAAAAUACAAAACAUUUCUAGCUUUUGGCUUUUAUAUUUCAGUCUUGUCUUAUUCUUAAAUUAUUUUAUCACAGUUUUAUCACUCUUUUACACAAUUUCCCUUUCGUUUUGUGAAAAUAAAUCAUUAAAAAAUAAUAUACAAGUAAUCAAUCCUGAAAACAAUUAUUUGUUAUAGUCCUAGAUGAAUCUUUUCUCUCUUUCCAGGUGGCAGAGCUGGUGACCAGUGAGUUCUUUGAGCAAGGCGACAGAGAGAGAUCGGAGCUGAAGCUCACGCCCUCGGUAUGUCCAUCCAGCCACCUCCUGCUUUUGUGCUUUUGUGCAGUUUGUUUCACCUCUGCGACCUCCGCGAGCUGAUGAUGCUGAAGAUAGAUUUUCUCUGCAGUCUCAAAAAAACAUACUGACUGCGUAGGAAACAUGAGCGCUUGUGUUUGGUAGUGCGAGAAAAGUGAAUUGUCAGCGUGACUGCACUGCUGCCUCGCUGCACAGUGCCAAGAGCGAAGUGUAGACUGUGUAACAACCAUUUUUUAAAAAAAAGAUCCUUCUGCACAGGAUUCAAAGCAAACAUGUACCUCUAUACUCAUUCGGCUGUGAACGCACAAUAAAUUUAGGUGUUAUGGAGUUCUACUAGCCUUGAUUAUUACUACUGUGGUUGUAAAAAUAGCAACAUCAUAACAGCAGAGAAAGACUCAUAGACAUUGUUUUAAUGCAUAACCUUUAAUGCUCUUCUCAAAGCCGCAGCAGCACAACAGAAGAGCUCUGUGUGUUUGAUUGAGGAGCUUUUAUGGCUGAACUGUGUUGCAACUUCUUAAAGGGGGAAAAACCAGCAGCUUUCCGUGAGCAAUUAAUGGCCGUGGACUAAUCGAGCCAGGCCACAUUGCCUCCCCUCAGAUAUAACUAAUGCAGUAGCCUCAGGUCUGCAGCUUGUGUCAAACCUUUACUGCUCCAUGUGUGGGUGUUGGAAAUUAAAUAUUAACUUCUAAGUUGUAGCCCAGUAACUAUCUCUGAAGCACAGCCUCAGCGAGCCUCUUAAGCUCAGGCUGCAGGAGAAUGAGGUGGAAUAGAAAAUGUACAUGAAGUGAACUCAAUUGUCUCGAGAGCCGAGGGAGAAUUUGCUUGAGCCAAAGCUGUUACAGCAGCACUCUGGCAGAGGUGGUAGAAGUAUACUGAUCCUUUAUUUCUGUUGAAGCAUCCAAAUCACAUGGGUGAAAAUACUCCAAAGCAAGUUAAAGACUCAAUGCAGCAAGUAUUAUAAGUAUGGGUGAGAAUCACGAGUGACCCCACGGUACAAUAUUAUCAUAAUACUUGGGCCACGAUACGAUCUUAUUGUGAGUUUUUACAUUUUGCAAAACAGUGAGUAUUGUAAAACAAUAUAUUGCGAUUUAUACAAUUUUUUCAACUGUUUACCAAAUUAGCAUUUGUCUUUCCUUUAUGUUUGCCCUAUUUUUUUUCAUGUUGCACACCUUGCAAACCUUUUAUAUAUUCGUUGCACUAACUUUCUCCUGCUCUAUGAUGUCACCUCUGCCAACCUCACUGGACAAACAGAUGAUUUUAUUUUUCCAUUAUUAUAGAUCUGAUUUUAUAUUAGCAAUUAAUUUGAAAAAAUCAAUACUUGGUAAAUUUGACAAUACGAUUCAUCACCAGACAAAAUAUUGCAAUACUAUGCUGUAUCAAUGUUUUCUUCCACCCCUAAUUAUCAGCAAGAUUUAUUAAACACAUUUAUGUAGAAACAGUCAUCGUAGAGGAAAUUGGUGUUUGUGUGUUUGAUAUUCACUCAAUUUCUGUAUGUACUGUAAAAAACACAAAUGUAUCAUACUUAUGUGAAAAAAUAAUAUUUUUGAAAACCAACAUUUUAUGGUGUUGGAAACACAGCCCUGCAUUAGCUUUGAGAUCAUGCAUUUUCUGUCAAAUGCAAGGAGAUUUUAUGUGUAAGUGGAGCAACACCAGAGAGCUACUUCAGGCAGGCAACUUGAGCUGUGCUGACAUUUUCAAUGUCAUUCUGACAAAUAUAUCCUCCCAAUCCAUAAAAGGCACAGUAAGGAGUUUUUUUAUAGGCUAGGAAACAGGGUCUGGUGCUUCUUCAUGACCUUCAAAAGCAAACAAAUCCAACAGCAACAAGUCUGAUUUUUUCACUUUUGGUAUUUUUGAUGCUAAAAAACGUAGAGGGGGGGUGGGCAUCAAACCAGAUGAUUAACAGCAGGCUGAAAAAACUGCUUUUUAAAAUUAUAGCAAAUGCUCACAGUGAGUAAUAAAUUUUGUUGUUACUAAAAUCCAGGCAAAUAGGUUGUGCUUUUUUAAAAUCCCGGAUCAUGCAUAGUUUGUAGCUGAGUUUUGCACUCCUAAAAUUAGCUGACCGGUUAAUUUCAGUGCUCUAGCUGGAAUAAAGACAUGGAAAAGUUCGGUACCUAACAUUUCAGAGCUUCUAAAUCCCUUAUAGUGCCUCUGAGAUAAAGUAGAGCAAAUUCUUAAAGCUUUCAAAAUCUAGAAGAGUAUUUCAUAUUGAUUCAUAACCUUCACCCUGAGUAAAUCUACUGACUUUUAUUCCUCACUUGACUGAUUCUCUAUCAUGAGCAGGGAUACAUGUUGAAAUAAACUCCAACUUUUUGUUUUUCAGGCCAUCUUUGAUCGAAACAGGAAGGAUGAAUUGCCUGGGCUGCAGCUGGAGUGGAUUGAUGGAAUUUGUGCGCCCCUGUACGAGGUAAGGCUGUGAGGCCUCAGUGUGACAUCAGUUGUCACUGUCCUUCAUCCGCGAUUGUUUCCUCUGCUGACGCAGGCAAUGAAAUCGUCACCUGUAACUGUUUCUCUGUAGCCACAGACUUUUCUCUCUACAGAAAGCACUGACACAACUUCAAGGUUGCAUCCUGUUCUUUUAGAGGAGCACAAUGAGUUUGCUCUUUCUGAAGGCACGAAGAGCUUAGAGGAAGCAGAGUGUGCGGACGGAGUGAGGAUGUUAGUUGGGUUAAAUCCUCUCAGUCAGACAGUGUAUUCUGGGCUUUGCUGCACAGUAAUGAAAUAAGCAAGGUCUGACUCUUGGCUGCAGCGCUCUCCUUCUUAGUGCUUUUGCUAAAAAAUCAUAAAAAGAGUCGAUUUUAUUGCAGGAUCCAGGCUGAGCAAAUGUAAGGCUUAAAUAGGUUAUUGUUCAGGGAAUAAAGGAAAUCUGUAAAGCGUCCUCACUUGUAUAGAAAUGCCGGUGUGUUACUUAAUGACGUCAAAGAGACCCCCCUCUUAGCAGCAGCAGUGGCGGUGGUGGCUGUGUGGGAGAAAGAUAGAAAGAUGCUUGCUGCCUCACUGAGCAGAUCAGACCUGUUAAGAUACGAGUCGUGUCAGAGGUGAAUUCCCAAAAGCAAACAAAUCAGAUAGUUGUGAAAGGAUGAAACAGUUCACCCUCUCCUUUUUACUGCUACAAUAAACCUGUUACAGAAAACAAAUGAUAGAUCAUCUUAACAUCUAAAGAGUUAUCCGAGUGAUCAGUGACCAAAGUCAGAGCAGGCUAAUCUGUGCCCUGCUCUGGUUUCACUAUUGUUACUGUCUGUGUGGUCUAGAUAACAAGCAUCAAAGUGCUGUGUGUGUGUAGUCUGCGUGGGGGGUUUGACUCCACACUGCCGUACAUAAAGGCUGAUGUUUGGAGAAUGCAGAUAUGGAGCUCACGAUCAUGCUGCUGCCAAUUAAAUUUGCAGGGGGGGAGAACAGAGGGAGUUCAGAGGCAGCGGGGUUUUAGUCUGUGGGCGGGAGAGCUCUCCUUCUUGAUCUCGUUGAUCUCCUUCUCCUCGUGGUGGCUCACUACUUUGUGGAAUAUUAAUCCCCCAUUAUAUAACCUUCCAUCUUUACACCCCACCAUAUGACAGCCUCUCUCUUCUUCUGCGUCUGGGUUUACCUCAGAGGAAUAAUGAUGCAAACCCAUAGAAGUGUCCCACAGUUGAUACAAAGAAGGAGGCUGUGCCCCCUUUUUAACCUGCAGAUGAAUGUGGGCCACCCAUCAUCACAGCGUGACAAUAAGCGAACACUUGUUAUAAAUAAUAUUCCUCAGUUAUUCUGCAACAGUCUUGUGGUCUUUAAAACACUCAUUUAUGCUAAUAUCUUCAACAGGAGUAUGUUUACGAAAGCGUUACAGUCAUAGACAUAUUAACAACAGAUUAGUUAAAGCUCCUAUAAGGGGUUUCUUCAUGUUUAUGAACCAGACUGAAUUUUAUAUUGAUGCCUUUUUAUGAUAUCCUAAAGGAAACAUGACCAUCAGUAACAAGACCGGCAAUUUUUAUAUCCUAAUUUUUAGUUUAUAAAACCAGUCCAAGGGAGUAGAUGUGACCUGCGCAACUCAGGAAAUAUUAAAGUAUAUUUAACGGUCAAAAGUCAGCAAAAUUGGGUCUUUAUGUCAGAAGUCUUGACUCAACCAUAUAGAGGCCAGGAUAUGCAAAGACAUCCAUUUUUUUUUUUGUCUUUGUCCAUAGGGGGCGCCACAACUGACACAAAUCAAAGUCAAAUGAAUCACAGGAGCUUUAAAAUGUCAGAUUUAAGUUUCUCAUGAUUUUGUUUGAUUGUGUUCUUUAAAGAAUAACAUUUUUUAACUGUAUUGCUUUAAUCUUGUUGUUCUAUGCUGCUGUUUUUACUUUAUAAAGUGACCUUGAGUGCUCAGAAAGGCGCUUAUGGUUAAAAUGCAUUAUUAUUAUUAUUAUUAAAAGAUUGGACCAAUUAAUCUUUAAAUAAUUCAAUCAGUCAAUUUUAGCAUUGCACCCUGAUUAAAGCUAUUGACUCGUUGUGACACAGACUGAAAUAUACGCUGAUGUCUCUCUGUAACCUAAAAAUGUAAACAAGAUCAUCAUCUAGAGGUAUUGCUAUUUCUCUGUAGUAAUUGUUAAAAUCUGAAACCACUGGUGGGAGGGUGGCAGGUGUCAGACUACACAAUCCGUCUGUAGGUCAGAGAUGACAAUCACAGAGCCAAACAAACUGUGCUGUGACUUAACUGACCGUUACUGCAUGGUGUUUCAUGUCCGGUCACCACAAUCAACAACAGGGAUUUAUUGGCUCUUAAACCACCCUCAAUUAGACACUCAAGGAACUAAAGCUUGUCAAACUUGAACUUUCUAAAACCUAGUGUUGCUUCAGGGUCCUUAAUUUGAUCAACAAUUAAAACAAAGCUAGUUAUUUUGGUUGAGAACUUGAUAUAAAUAAAUAUGAGGUAUUUCUACAUUAAAAUGAGUUCUUAGCCACUGGAGUUGUAACACAAAAUAUAAGCAAAAACAAAAUAUCAUGAGCACUUCUGGAGCAACGUGACUUCAUUAUCAGGAAUCUACUAAAUCUCAAAUCAUGAAAAUGGAAAUCUAUGUCGUACUCAUGUGGGUCUGCAUCACUGACAAACAGCUUCAUUACCAGUCAAAUUCAUUUUCAGGCAAUCACAAUAUUAUGAAUUACUGAGUCGUGCAAAGCUUUUAAAAACACUUUUUAGGAUGUGUAAUGAAUUCUUAAUGAACAAAUGUGAGCAGACGUCUGUUUUCUGUUUUUGUUUCUUUUAAAACUAAGACACAGUCCUGCUUUCUGAACUUCACCACAUUAUGAAGCUUUGUUACGGUCAAACUCCCACACCAAGUGUUUUAAUUGUUCAUAUGAGUAAGUGAAUGCACCCUCCAAAUGCAAAUGCAGCUCAGUUUGCUGCCUGCUUUUAAAGCUCAGUUAAUUGGCAGCUGUGAUUAGUUGUGUUUUCUCUGAGUGUAGCAACAUAUUUGAUUUUCCUUUCUCACAUUCAAUACACAAUCCUGAGUGUAGGUGUUCUUACUUACCAAGCUUUUAUUUCAUUCAGUCUCAUAAUGGCUGCCUAUUCACCCCUACACAAGUGAGGAUAAAUGAACAUUGUUUAAUAUGUGGGACCCCUGCCCACAUGUUAUAUUUCCAUAUGAAACAGGGUUAAUGAAAGAAUAACUAAUUAUAGUCUUCCCUGGAAAUCCAAGAGACAAUAGUUGAGAGAACAGAGAACAAAUCCCACUGUCUCUCAGGUGAUUUAUUAAAUGUUGGAUGACAGCUUUGACCACACAAACACUCAAAGUUUAACACAGAAAACUGACAGAGGCUGCUAAUCUCAGUCCUGCAUGUGGCUCUAAUCUGUAACGAGCAGCUUUUUCCUUUCCUACCAUAUUACGUGCACUUUAUGUUGGAUUUAUUGCUACGUUUUUUUUUAUCCGUCAUAUACAUUUAAUAACUAAUGUGCUGCUUUUGACAAGCCUCAGUUUAUGUAUGCAUAUACAGUACCUCAAUGUAUGAUUAUCACAUUCAAGUUACUGUGCUCAGCACAAGACUUCUUAUAAAUAAAUAAUUUUCACUAGAAUAUUCCCUCUGGGAAAUUUUGAAAAGGCCACAGGGGCUACUGCCGGGGUGUGUUCAUUAUGAUGAGAUUCUUCAGAGAUUUCAAAUAAUUAAUACUAGUAGCAUUGUGAUAUUUUAUACACGGAGCACACCUAUAAUAAACAUUCCUUUUUCAUGUAUUUAUUUAUGCAACAUUAAAAAAAAAGGAAAAAAGAUGGACCCAGAGCAGUCUGACAAGUUUAAAACUGCAAUGUAGUGCCUGGUGUGUUUGCUCUGUGGCCCUAAUAAUAAUCAAAUAGGAACACUUCUUGACUUAAAAAUCAGUAAUCCAAAGAUAAGGACUUCCUGUUGUCUCUGUAACCAUCUUUAUUAAAAAAUAAAUAAAUAAAACAUAACUGUUAGCAUUAUGUUUCAUUCAGAAAGUUGGAUGUGAGAACAAACAAACAAUAACAUGAGGGCAUUAAUUUGCAUCUAUGAGUUUAAGUAUAACCUUUUUGAAGCUGCAUUUUGGCAGUCUCCUUUUUUGUGGUACUUUUUAUUUAAAGGCGGAAGUGACUUUUUCUGUAUGAAUGAGUGGAUACAAAUGACUGUCCUGGGUGGCAUAUUGCAGUUUAUGAAACUUUCCAAUCACAGGUAGAAACAGUCUAAUGGCAUGACCAGUUCUGCUGUCAACUAUACCACAAACGGGAUCUUUACUAGUUUCAUAAAUGCCAUAAAUCUAGCUUUGAUAACCCAAACUCAUUAGAGUUACUGAGGUUUACUUAUGUUGUAGAAUAAACCAAGAAGUAGUUUAGUAUAAAACAGGCAGAAACUAAUACUGGUGCCAUUAUAAGCAAACAAGGACACUACCAUAAAAAGAAAAAAAAACAUUUCUAUGUACGUAUAUUUAAUGCCUGAAACUAAUAAGGAAGGAUAGGUACCAUUUAUUCUCAUCAACAGCUCACUGCUGAGGCUGCCUUUGAUUGGUCACAUUUUUAAAAAGUUACUAGGAAGCAUUUCAUAUUUGGCGAACAUCUUCAUGAAGGUGACACCAUGUGAAGCAAUUGUGGAAAAAAGAAAAAAAACAAAACAAAAAAAUUUGCCAAGAUGGUUAAAAGAGUAUUUUAGUAUUUAAAAAAUGUUCGCAGGAGUUACAGUUAAGAGAGACAUUUAAAGCUGCUGUAAGGAACUUCUGGCACCCCCUGUGGUCAAAGUAAUAAUCCUCACUGUGCAAAGUGUUUCAAAAACCGAGUCCUGUUGUACUUUGACAGUGAAAUGGAUUGUUUCCUGUAAGUAUUUGCUGUAAAAAAUGCAUCAUCUGGUCUCACUCUACCCCCUUUAGUGUUUUCAGGUGUUAAAAAUGAAAACAGAGAAAAUAUCAGUCUUGUUGCUGAUGGUCUUGUUUACAUUUGAGGCCGAUAUCAGGCAUCAGUAUCAGUUUGAGUCAGUAUCUCCGCAUGUUAAGAACUCUUUUGUGAUCAGACCCUCAUAUCUGCAAGUAUCUGCCUCACAAACAUCAGCAUGUUGUCAGAGUUAUUAAUGCUCAUGGUAACACUUGCCUAAAGCACCUUUGUGCCCAAUCACAGCUUGACAGAGCACCGCGUAUGGUUGUUAGUUUUGUGGAGCAUCAGUCGUUCCUCUCUGAAGACAUAAAUGCUCUUCUCAGUCACUUAACUAUAAAGUGUCACAAUCUGGUUCCUUUCAUGCCCAAAGUGGCUUUUGUUUGUAUUAAAUGUUUAUUUCUCUUCUCUACAUUUUCUCUCUAUCUGUUUCUCUCUCCAGACUCUGGUCAAAUUGAAUCCCAAACUCCAGCCGAUGCUUGACAUGAUCAAAGCUAACAGGGCCAAAUGGGAGGAACUGAACAAGAAGAGACAGCGUGGCCAGAGCGUCUCUGCACCCCCAAGCCCCUGCAGUGGCGACAGCUCAGAUAAAGCUGGCUGCACUGUGGCCAAAGUGGGCAGCACACCAUGCUGCAGCAGUGAUGCUGAUGGCAAACCAUCCAAACCUGUUAGUUAG